AUGAAUUAUCAACGGCAUACGCAAGUGGAUUGUAGCGCGACACCAACGGGUGGACCACUGAAGAACUAUGGAAGCGCCCUGGUGCAGUUCCUAGUGCUGGUGAUGCUCAUCGACCGAACGGGACGGGUGCUUUCGUCCGAGAAUCUUCAGAUGCCCAACUUUCUGCACGAGCUUCCCUCGAGCGUGCUGUUCAGCAACGACACCGGCAGCUCGCAGCUCGUCUGCCAGGCCUACGGUGGUCCACAGAUGAUCAUCCAGUGGAUAUUGAAGGACGGCAGUCUGGUGAGCAGCGUGCCGGGCCUGAGACAAGCGUUGCCAAAUGGGACACUCUAUUUUCCGCCCUUUGCCGGGCAUCUCUUUCGGACGGACGUGCACGAUACGACCUACCGGUGCCGAAUCAGCUACUCCUACUUCGUUCUGCUGAGCCACGAUAUCCGCGUACGGGCAGUGGUAAGACAACCGUACGAGGUGAAGGUAGAGAGCGCCGAAGUGGCGCUUGGUAACACGGCCUUCCUCAAGUGCUUCGUCCCUUCGCACGUGCGUGAGUUCGUGCAUGUGUCGUCAUGGUUCAGUGAGAAGGAAAUGCUGCUUCCCGGCAGAUCCGACAUUGGCACUCGGUAUGUUGUCACAACGCCCGGCGGAGAGCUCUGCAUACGCAACGUCAACGAGGAAGACAGAUUGAAGCGGUUCUCAUGCGUAACAGUCGACACGCUGACGGGCGAGCGCAAAACGAGCGAAGCUGUCCUGCCCACCCUGAAAGAUAACGCACCCAACAUGGCGCCGUACACCGGCCAGAAGACAGUGAGCGAACUGACGGCCAGUAAGGGUGCCAGCGUGCAGUUACCGUGCAACGUCCAGGGAAAUCCCGUACCCAGCUUCUCCUGGUUUCGCAUUUCUGACACCGGAUCCUUAUAUACCGUGCCGUCCUCGCAGCGGAUCGUGCCAUCGCAGUCGCUGCUGUUCAUCCGAAACGCCGACGAACGGGACGCCGGAAGAUGGAUAUGCAAAGCAUUCAAUCAGUUCGGCGAGCAGAAGCUCGAAAUCCAUCUCACGAUCAGCAACGAGCUGGUGGCGCACAUUCACCCCCAGAUCCAGAUUAUCAACUCGGGCAAUUCCGCUCUCCUGAACUGUUCCAUCUUCGGCAGUGAAGUGAACAAGAUCGAAUGGUUUCACAACGGACAGGAGCUAUUUGCGAACGGCCGCACGGAACGAAGCAUGAGUCUGCUGUCGGCGAACACGCUAAAAAUUGAUAGGGUAAGCAAGAAGGAUCAAGGAAUUUAUCAGUGCAUUGUGUCGAAUGCACGCAGCAGCGCCCAGGGAAGCUCGGAACUGAAGUUGGGAGAAAGCCCUCCGGAGAUAAGCUACGGCUUCGUGGAGCAGAAUGUGCGCACCUCGGCGUAUAUCUCAUUGAAAUGUUCGGCAGCCGGUUCGCCUCCACCGCAGUUCGUCUGGCUGCUCGACUAUCAGCCCAUCCUGGACGUUUCGUCACUGCACCGAUACACGAUGGAUCAAUUUCUGGACAUCAACAGUCACGUAACGACGCAUCUCAACAUCAGCCAUGUGCACGGGGACGAUGGUGGUUUGUACACCUGUGCCGCCUCGAACAGCAUGGGUUCGGCAUCGCACAAGGCACGCUUGAACGUUUACGGACCUCCGUACGUGCGCGCCAUCGGACCCAUCACGGCAGUGGCCGGCGAACCGAUCGAGAUGCAUUGCCCAUUCUCAGGACACCCCAUCCAGUCAGUGCGAUGGGUGCGUGGCGGAAAUGAACUGGUUUCCGGGCCCCGGUAUAGUGUGGCCGACGUUAAGCACGGCGGAUAUUUGAAAAUUUAUACCGUCGAUCCGGCUCAGGACCGGGGGCCGUACACGUGCAUCGUGACGGGACCGAGCGGUGACGAAGGACGUCGGGAGCUGCAAUUAGUGGUACACAGUCCGCCCGUAAUUGAGCCGUUUGCGUUUCCGAAAAUCAUGAAGGUCGGUGGCCGGGCUCAGCUGACCUGCUCGGUGUCGGCCGGUGACAUGCCGAUCUACUUUAGCUGGAAGAAGGACGGCGCCCCCAUCGCACAGGAUCUGCACGUGAGCGAGAAGAAGGAGGAGUUCUUCUCGCUGCUCGUUUUAAAGGACAUCUCAGCGCGGCACAGUGGCCGGUAUAGUUGCUUCGCCACGAACACCGCCGCACAGACGAACUACACGGCCGAACUGCUGGUGCAGGUUCCACCUUCCUGGACGCAGGAACCACACGACAUCGCGGUCGUCCUUGGCCACCCGAUUGUGCUGCCGUGCGAGGCGGAUGGAUUUCCGCAGCCGAAGAUAACGUGGUUUCGCGGCAAGGGCAAGCUGUCCACCGACUUUCAUUCCAUUCCCUCGAAGAACAAUUCCCUGAGCGUCAAUUACGCCACUUCGCCGGAUGCAGGCUAUUAUAUGUGCGAGGCGGCCAACGGAAUCGGCAACAGCCUGAAGAAAAUCAUCCACAUCGACGUGAACGAGGCGGUCCAUUUCGAUACACCGGUAAAGAACGUGUCCGCUCGCCGGAAUGAUGCCGUAAUGCUGGAGUGUCUGGCGCUCGGCGACGAGCCAAUCAACAUCAUCUGGACGCACAAGAACCAGCGGAUCGAUUUCAACAACUACAGGUACAACAUCAUCGAAAUGAAGGAGAGCGUCGGUGUGCGAUCGCAAUUAUCGAUUAGUCUGACCGAGCGGUACGACUCUGGCAAAUACGUCUGUACGGCGGAGAACCUGUACGGUACGAGCGAACACGUCAUCUACCUGGCCGUGCAGGAACGUCCGGAUGCUCCAUCCGAUCUGGAGGUGAUGGAGGUCUCUAGUCGACAGAUUCGGCUUUCCUGGAAGCGUCCGUACGACGGGAUGUCUCCGGUAUUGAGCUAUCUCGUGCAGUAUCAGCCCGUCCGACUCGGCAAAGACCUUAUCCCGAAUGCACACCGAGCUGGAACAGACGACACAAUGGUCUCCUGGGACAACCCGUUGACGGUGAACGUCACCUUCUCGAAGGUGAACAUGAUCAAAAGCAUUGACGGAGGCGUACGAGAUGAGACGAGUAUCGCAGGUCUUCUACCGGCGACCCAGUACCUCCUGCGCAUGCUGGCCAUUAACGAGAUCGAGUGUUCAUCGUUCACGGGCCCUCUUGUGGUGCGAACGCAGGAAGAAGCACCAUCGGAAGCGCCAGGUGGACUGAAAGUCAAAACCGGUGCCAUGGGCGAACUCAUCCUGACCUGGCAGAUCCCAAGUAGGACGUCCUGGAACGGAGAGCUCCUCGGUUACACGGUCAGCUGCGUCGAGGAGAAGACGAACAUCAACUUCAUUGCUAGCCUGAGCAACAUCUCCAACACCACGCUCACAGUACACGGCUGGGCAACGACUAAAACGAGCAUCGCACAUCUAAAGAAGUUCACGCGCUACGCCUUGCGUAUCCGCACGUACAACAGCAUCGCACCCGGACCUUGGAGUGCGGCCGUGUACGGGACGACAUCGGAGGACGCUCCUGAGGCAGAACCCCAGAACGUAUCAUGCUCCAGUCUGUCCUCUCAGAGCAUCCGGGUGUUGUGGCAAGAACCACCGCCACAGUUUCACAACGGCGUCCUGCAGGGCUACAAAAUCCUCUAUCGGCCGCUCACGAAGAACAAUGAAUUCGUGCUGCCAUUCGAGAUCAAGCGCACCUCGAACCUGGAAACGUACCUGCAAGCCCUGCUGAAGGCAACCAACUAUUCCGUCCAGGUACUCAGCUUCACGCUGUCCGGUGAUGGUGUGGCCAGCGUUCCGGUGUACUGCGCCACCGAGGAGGACGUUCCGGAAGCACCUGCUGGCAUCAAAGCGCUCACCUUAACGGCGGACUCGAUUCUGGUGUCCUGGUUGCCACCGGUUCAUCCAAAUGGGCUCAUCACUCACUACACGGUGUACGGGAAGGAUCACGGCAAGAAAGGAUCGACAAAACAUAACAUCGUGCGCGUGGAUGAAUCCGGACGUCCGUCGAUGUUCGAGGUGCGAGGCCUGAGCGAGAACAAGAAGUACGAUUUCUGGGUGUCAGCUUCCACUGCCAAGGGCGAAGGUGACCCAACGAUGGUUGUGUCGCAGACGACCAACACACGAGCCCCGGCCAAAAUUGCGUCCUUUUCGAGGAUGCUCAAGGUGCCGGUAGGUGUGAGCCUCGUGCUGGAAUGUGUCGCCGUAGGCAACCCGACACCACGCACCCGAUGGCUGACGAAGGACCAAGCCGUCACCUUCAGCCAGUACUACGUGAUAUCGCAGGGCUUCCUCAAGAUACACAGCGUCGAGCCACAGAUAGCGGGUAACUUCACCUGCUCGGCCAAGAAUCUGUUCGGCGAGGACGACAUCCACUACACGUUGAUUGCACUGCAGACGCCCAACGUAACGCAGCUCGCGGUACAGUACACCUCGUUCGACAGCUUACGAGUCACGUGGGAGGUUGCCAGUGAUGGCGGCGCUUCCAUCCAGGGCUACAACCUGUACUUCCGCACCACAACCGGGACGUGGUCGAACGUGGCGAUUCCGAACGAUCAGGCAGCGUACACGCUCAACGGGCUGAAGUGCGGCACUCAGUACAUUUUGAAGAUCAACGCACACAACAAGGUCGGUGUGGGCAUGUUUACGGAGGAGUUGGCCGUGCGCACCAAAGGAAAAGCACCACACAUCCCUGAGGAACGAGAAUUGUUCAGCACCAACUCGAGCUGCCUGAAUCUGUUUCUCACGUCCUGGCUGAACGGGGGCUGUCCCAUAUCACACUUUUCCAUCGAAUACCGCCGUUUGCAUACGCCCUUUUGGACAAUAGUGUCAUCCGAUCUGUCCGGUAGCGAUCAACACACCAACGGCAGCAUUUCGUUCUGCGAUUUCGUGCCCGCAACCUGGUACGAGCUCAAGAUCACCUCCAACAACGAUGCGGGCAAAACGAUGGCCCAGUACAACUUUGCCACUUUGACGCUAUCUGGAGAGAAGGUCCCACCGCCGGAGUAUAAGGCCAUGCCGGAGGAAACCAACGACACGGAUCCGCUGCAACAGGAAGACUUCCAAUGGGUGCAAUCAGCGGUAAUGAUCGUCACCAUCAUCGUAGUGGUUCUGAGUCUCGUAAUCGGAGCGAAGUAUCGGGGUAUCCUGUGCUUCACGAGCAACUCUGACCGUUACAGCACGCAGACAUUAUCGGCUGACCUGAGCAUGAAGGAACAGUCUGAAAACAUUCGCAACCAGCAAGUGUACAGUGCGUCUCCGGUGAAGGUUAUCAACAAGGAGGAGAGCGCUGAAAUGUACGAAAUUUCGCCCUACGCCACGUUCAACGCCAGCACGGGCCGAUUGUGCAAAGAACCUCGCAGCCUUAACCCGUCGAACAUCGAUUAUUCGCUGCAGUUCCGCACUUUUGGUCAUCCGGAAUGCGACUUAAAUGCCACUGCCUACCCGCUGCUGGAGAGCACCGGCCACAUGCCGGGACAUAUCAAGGGCAAAUCGAGCUGGCACAAGCAACAGUUCUACGGGACAGACGAAACACCGAUGAAUCUGCCAAGCUCAACGAAGUCCAUUGCAGCCAAGUGGGACGACGGAGCCUUGCGGCGCAUGGGACAGCGAAACUUUGGUCCCAGCAACUACUCCGAGUCGGACAGCAGCAGUCCCAUCAACGAGUUCUCGAACGCACCCACCUUUAGGAUACCAUCGAAAACACCCUGUCCAAACAUUCUACACCACGAAUCAAGCACGGAAUCCAUCAAAGAACUAUCACCGGUGAGGGAUCAUCGCGCCAACACGCCCCGUCACGUGCACGGCUCGUCGGCGAAAGGCCACUUCGGGCAUCAGCUACGGACAAAGGACAAUCAUUGCCUGGACAUGCAACCAUCGUCAAGUACGCACAGAUACCACAAUAAGACCUACGUGACGGCGGCCGAGUUUAGCGAAACGGAAAGUGAUCGCGAGCGGGCACUAGACCUGGAAGUGCAGCGAGCCAUGGAAAAGGCCAUUCGGCAGGACGAGUGCAAAUCGUCGACGAGAUAGAAGGAAUCUUGAACAUUUUUCAUCCACGAGUCCCGCAAUCUUAACAAUCUUUUUUUUCCCUGUUCUCUAUCUCUCUUUCACUGUCUCUCUAGCUACGUCUUGCUCUUUUUAUUUUCUUUUCCGAGGACCUAUCCCCCUAUCUCCAUCUGAUGGACAUAACUGAACAAUAACGAAAACCAUCCUCCCUCAUCGAAAUGAACGAUUUGUCCUUCUCGCCGGUGCUAGCUCUUCCCCAUAAUCCAUUGUCAGCAGUGUAGUUUCCCGUAGUGUAGAACAAAAUAUUGUCGUUAUCGUAGCACAAUACCCACAUCGUGAGAUUUUUAUAUCUUCUUAAAAGUUGAAUAAACGGUUUUUGUUUUACAUGGAA